GAUUAACAUUCAUAUUCACCCACUGUACUAUGUUCCAGAAGAUGGCUGAAUUUGGUCCAGAUUCCGGGGGGAGAGUUAAGGGUGUGACUAUUGUGAAGCCCAUCGUUUUUGGAAAUGUUGCCCGCUACUUUGGAAAGAAGAGGGAGGAGGACGGACACACGCACCAGUGGUCCAUUUACGUGAAGCCCUACAGAAACGAGGAUAUGUCUGCGUACGUGAAGAAGAUACAGUUCAAGCUGCAUGAGAGUUACACAAAUCCAUUGAGAGUGGUGACCAAGCCUCCCUAUGAGAUCACAGAGACCGGCUGGGGAGAGUUUGAGAUCAUCGUCAAGAUCUUCUUCAUUGAUCCGAAUGAGAGACCCGUGACUCUGUACCACCUGCUGAAGCUGUUCCAGUCGGACUCCAGCGCCAUGCCCAAGAAGACGGUGGUGUCGGAGUUCUAUGACGAAAUGAUCUUCCAGGACCCGACCGCCAUGAUGCAGCAGCUGCUCACCACCACGCGGCAGCUGACCCUCGGGGCGUACAAGCACGAGACCGAAUUCGGAGAGCUGGAGGUGCGGACGCGGGAGAAGCUGGAGGCGUCGAAGAAGAGGACGAGCCAGGAGAUCACGGAGCUGAAGGACAAGCUGAAGGCCAGCAGGGAGAGCAUCAACCACCUGAAGAUGGAGAUCAGGAGGCUGGAGGAGGACGGAGACGUCAAGGACCACUGAGGCUGGCCCCCCCCACACACACACACACGCAGCCAGAGACACACACACACACACACACACACACACACACACACACACACACACACACACACACACACACACACACACACACACACACACACACACACACACACACACACACACACACACACACACACCCAGGCCAGAUGGAACACACACGCAUAAACACAUCCCUGGGAACACACAAGCAUACACGCACACUCACUGGCAACCCACACACACACACAGACCGAGGGCGCGCACACACGUACAGGGAACACAAUCAGGAACAAACCACACACUCUUUGGGAUUUUUGUUUUGUUUUGUUUUAUUCAGUGGAGACAGACAGUUUCAUUUUCGGACUCUGGUUUGUUACAUUUUUUGUCACGCUUGUCUGGUUUAUGGUAUUAAGCCUUACGAUAAAAUGGCAGGUAAUGUAUUUAUUUUGUUGCAAAAUUGGUAUAAUAAUUAUAGCAAGUAAUUCCAUGUAAUAAAAAUACAGAAGUGUUGAUUUUCCACAAUCUCCUGGUAUACUUCGGUCAUUCAAUGACAUCAACUACAGGAAGUCGAAGGUUUUCUCAGUUUUAAGCCUCCUGACCCUCCUUUACUGAACGCAUAUGCACUGGCACAUGUAACUCCCGACUCACUAAACAAUGAGAGUCCAGGAGAUAGCUGUUCAACCAGAUGAACCAGAAGAAAAGAAGGACUGUUGCAGUAGAAAUGAAUACGGCUUGAAGGGAAACAGACUGAAGCGCAACGCCGGUGAAGGAACAUGGAUUUCCUGAGAACACAGCCUGAAGCAAGAGGAGGAGACGGUGAUGGAGGAAUGUACGAACAGUUAAAAGCGCUUGACCCGGACUCCAGCGAGCAGGAGAAAAUUAGGCUCACUGAGGACAACCAUUUCAAACCAUCAAGUCAAAAGAUUGAAGAAGAGAAAAGGGCUGAGCGAAGAGCAACGCACAAGGGUCUGACCAAUCAGAUCUUUGCAUCGACUGACACCGGUGGCAGUGAGGACGAGAGCGGUGCUGAUGUAGAAUGGCGCCAGAGAAGAACGCUCAAAGAGCCUGCUUGCGAAGCCUCAACGUUGGCCGUAGGAGCCCCACUGAAGCAGAGGAGAAGAAGCAGACCUCGAGAGAAACGCGACGAAAACGUCGGAGGUAUAAAACGGACGGCGUCUACAGAAGGACCUUCAACUGGCUGAACGGUAACCGGACGGAGCACAGUCACCUGAAGGAGGAGGUUUCAGAGGACCUGUUUCAGGGAGCAGACGGAAGGCGAUGAACAAGGUAAGCUGUCCGUCCAAUGGCCAAUCAUCACGUCAAAAACAACUGUAGAUGUGUGAUGGUGCAACAUGGCUCUGAUUAUCCAUUCCUUUCUUUUCUGGACAUGGGGUCACCUUGCAGGGGGGGGUGUCUUCAUGGGUCAGCAUGUUUAAGUCAAGGGCCGAACGAGAGAGGGAAAACCGUGGGGCCUUGCUGAGUCUGGAGAUAAUCCGGUUGGGAGUUGGGACACGGAUGCGGAGAAACUUCGCAUGUAGGAGGCUCCCGGGCGUCAUACUGAAGAGGAGCCACAUGGUAGAGCUGACGAGCAACUACGGCACUACAGAAACGGACUAUAAGGACAUCGAACCCAACAAUGACUGGUUAGAGUCCUCUCUAUUUUACUUUAUUUAGGCCUUUAAAUUCCCAUAGGAACAUAGCAUAGGCCAUCGACGAGGACCCUUCCAUGCCCUCCGUUCUUGGGCCCUACGCACCAGAUGUUGCCACGACAGCCCUUCUCUCUCCAUCUCCUGUUCGUUGGUUCUUCUCAAGGUGGUUCUUGGUCUGCCCCUCUUCCUCCUGCCCCGUGGGUAGGAGUCCUCUUUGGGGACACUAAAAAGGGAUGCCCUCAUGGUAGAGAACCCAUUGAGUAAAAACAACCUGAACUCAGAAUCCGAACCCUUUGAAAACGUUUUCAUUACAACCAAUUCAAACAAACGUCGUUUUUUUAUUGCUUAUCCAGACUGAUAUGGUUCCACGUUGCUUUGUAAGUUUGCUGUAUAUUUAUCACCAACAUAAGAAACAGAAACCAGAAAAUGCCAAUUUAAAACGCAUAAUAAGAUAAUAAAGGAUAAUAUCUAUUUUUUGAUCCGUUAGUUUUAUUGUUGCAGUUUAAAACUCAGUCUCAGUAGAGGGCACAAUUGAUUUGUUGUAGGCUACCACUUGUCUAUGACUAGCGGGACCUUGAGUCUCCCUGCCAAAUGGAAAACAGCUGGAAUGAUGGGUGGGUAUUGUACGGAAAAUGAGUACGUUUUUCCCUGAUAUGCCUGUUGAUAUGUUCCCUGAUAUGCCUGUGAUGUCUUUCAUUCAUCCGCGGUUAAGUAUUCGUGAGCCUUUAGUCUGGGAACGUUGGUUUCUGGAUUGUCUCCACCACAUUGUUUUGAUUAAGGGUUUAAUUAAACCCCUGUGGUUUACAAAGUAUAAACGGCCAGGCGAAAGUUAUUUUUGCCAAGUUGUGAGUCAUAAAACAUGUGACUCUGGACUCACCCUGUGUUCAAAUGAACGAAUAGCCGCCACUCUUACCUAGUGGUUUCCCAAAGUCUUAUUAAUUUGGAGUACCAACAAGCAGAAUAAACACUCAUAAAUAACAAAGAUGAUGAUUAUGUUCUUGGGAAACUAAUGUCAACAUUUAGUAGGCUUCAUUGAACUUCACAUUGACAGUUUAUUGUAAUACCAUUGGCAAAUAACAAUACAAAAUGCUGCGCCUCACCAGUAAGUUGUUUGUUCACGUGAUCAUUUGAACUUAAGGUACGUGCCUUCAUAUUUGUAAUCUUCCAUUCAUCUGAAAGCUAAAGGAGCUUGUACGGUGUGCUUUGAUCUCCUCAUAUUUGAGUUACAAACAGUAGUCAGGUUAAACAAAUCCCUUUGUGGUCCGGCUUUGGUUUCCAUUUGAGGAGAUGAACGUGUCCCACUUCUCCCGCCAGUGCAGCAAA